UCGGCGCGGAGAGGACGCCCCGGGAGCCAUUUCUCUGUGGCCCGCGCUGCUGGCGCGCUCUAGGAGCGGAGUUGACCUGUGCUGAAUGAAACACUCUGCGGCCUGACGGCGAAGGGCUACAAAAGGCGCGGUCAAGCGCCGGCGUCAGCCCCUGACUGAACGCUGCCUGUUCUCUCGGUCACGCGGCCCUCGCGGCCCCGCCCCUGCCCCGGCGAUUUGCUGCGGGCUCCGUUGCUAGGCAGCCGCGUCGGAGCGAGCUCCGAAAGGCAGUGGCUACCGGGCGGGACUCGGGAGCUCGCGCGGCGCGGACCCGCGGCAGCGCCCGAUGGACCAGUACUGCAUCCUGGGCCGCAUCGGGGAGGGCGCCCACGGCAUCGUGUUCAAGGCCAAGCACGUAGAGUUUUUAAGACCUGCCGGUUUCCUGGACCGCGUUUGGGCGUUGCGCCUGCCUCCGCACAGCUGUCGGGACGCCGCCGCCUCCCCUCACGCCCCUGUUUUCCCCCGGGCAGAACUAGUCUUAGACCUGCGAGGAGGGAGGAGUGCCUGUGGCCCAGCCCGGACUGGCGAGAUAGUUGCUCUCAAGAAAGUGGCCCUGCGGCGGCUGGAGGAUGGCAUCCCCAACCAGGCCCUGCGGGAGAUCAAGGCUCUGCAGGAGAUCGAGGACAGUCCAUAUGUGGUGCAGCUGAAGGCUGUGUUCCCGCAUGGUGCAGGCUUCGUGCUGGCCUUCGAAUUCAUGCUAUCAGAUCUGGCUGAGGUAGUGCGCCAUGCCCAGAGGCCGCUGGCCCAGGCACAAGUCAAGAGCUACUUGCAGAUGCUACUCAAGGGCGUUGCCUUCUGCCAUGCAAACAACAUCGUUCAUCGGGACCUGAAACCUGCCAAUCUGCUCAUUAGCUCCUCAGGCCAGCUCAAGAUAGCAGACUUUGGCCUGGCCCGAGUCUUUUCCCCAGAUGGCAGCCGCCUCUACACACACCAGGUGGCGACCAGGUGGUACCGAGCCCCUGAACUCCUGUAUGGUGCCCGCCAGUAUGACCAGGGUGUCGACCUGUGGGCCGUGGGCUGCAUCAUGGGGGAGUUGCUGAAUGGGUCCCCCCUUUUCCCGGGCGAGAACGACAUUGAACAGCUUUGCUGUGUGCUUCGCAUCUUGGGCACCCCCAGCCCUAAAGUCUGGCCGGAGAUCACUGAGCUGCCCGACUACAAUAAGAUCUCCUUUAAGGAGCAGGCGCCCGUGCCCCUGGAGGAGGUGCUGCCAGACGCCUCUCCUCAGGCCUUGGACUUGCUGGGUCAGUUCCUCCUCUACCCUCCUCACCAGCGCAUCGCAGCCUCCCAGGCCCUUUUGCAUCAGUACUUCUUCACAGCUCCUCUGCCUGCCCACCCAUCUGAGCUGCCGAUUCCUCAACGCCCAGGAGGACUGGCCCCCAAGGCCCACCCAGGGCCCCCCCACGUCCAUGACUUCCACGUGGACCGGCCACUUGAGGAGUCACUGUUGAAUCCGGAGCUGAUUCGGCCCUUUAUUCCGGAGGGGUGAGACACUGGCCUUGGUCUUACCUGCCUGCCCCUCAGGAUCAGCCAAGCCACUUUUUCCUCUGCCACCUGCCGGAUUCAGCUCUCCAAAGUCUCCCCACGGGCACACUGGGCCCACUCCACACCUCAUCCUGCUCCUUAGCCUUCAUGAGGGCUGGUCUCAAGAAGACAGAAGUCAGACUCCCAGCCAAGGUGAUGAGGACACCCAGACCAGCAGAGGAGCCCCACAGCCUGCCCUGUGUGCAGUGAGCCUCACAUCUGUUGUGCUACUGACUUAGCCAUCAGAAACAGCGAGCUUCACUGCCGUUUAGGGCCUGCCUACACAGAAUGG